AUGGGCGCCUGGGCUUUCAAACUAUUCACGUGCGACUACGAUCUCAACCUCAUCAAUGAACUCAACCAGGAGGCCGGCCUACCACAGCUUGAGCGACUCCAGACUGGUAAGACUACCACGGUCUUCAGCGACCCAGCUUCUGCCCGCAUGCUCGACCAUCGCACCCUCGACAAGGACAAAGAUGCACAGACCGUUAUAACAGAGUUCCCGACAGCGGCUGCUGGUGCGGCCACUCAAGGUCACGGUGCGCAGUACAGCUUGUAUGCAAGGCUUUGCUCCAACCCAGUCAACGUCCGCAGUCACCUGGACUCUGGCGUGCUGGCAAAGUUCUCAGCAGGGCUGAGACGUCAGAUCAACGCCGCCCAUGCUUGGUGGUUGAAGGGUGAGCUCACAGAUUGCUACGGACCUGGCUACCACCUCUGUAUGCUCAACGCUUGCGCAAUGACACUCGGUGCUCACGUAAGCGAGGAAGACAGAGUCGCUAUGCGAGCCGUCUACAGGGACUGCGAGUUCAUGCGCGACGCAGUCCUGCAGCUCGAAGCCGCCCUGGACUCAGACACCGGCUACGUGAAUGGCACACCAUGGGACUUCGGCCCAUCGUCCAUCGCAGACCUCGAACCAGCUUCUCCCGCUGACCUUGCUUUCCCGGCCAAAGGUGUCUUCAACACAAGCCUUAUCAACGUCCUCGGUCCAGAUCACGGCAGAGAGGAGGGCGAGAUGAACAGGUGGCGCAGUAUGCCAACCAUCGCAUCAGCCUCCGCCGCCGAAAAGGAGAGGACCAUCAAAAGCCUCGCUUCCAACCCGUACACCGACGAGAUGCUGGCAAAGCGCCAUCCGGACGGCAUGUGGAAGGACUACGUCUGUGGAGAGUGUGGCAGUGGAUCCAGCAAUGACCAUGCUCUGCUGAACUGUGCCAAGUGCAAGAAGCGCAGCUAUUGCUCAAAGACAUGCCAGAAGAAGCACUGGAGUCAGCACAAGCACUUCUGCAAGGCUCCUGGCAGCGCUCGCUGA